GUACCACUCAGCUGCACAGGAAAGUGCAUCACAAAGGCUGCCUGAACACUGGCUCUGUCCGCAAGCUCUUGAAUCAGCAGAAUUCAACCAUCGAGGGCUGCCAUCACGAAGAAUUUUCUCUGGAAAACAAACCAAGAGCCCAGGAUGGGGAAGAAAUCCAAGAAAGGAUGUGAUUUUAAAAGCUGUUUUAAGAAGAACUGGCUUCUUAUCGUAACGGUGAUUGCUGUGGUUUUAGGUAUUGGAUUGGGAGUCCUAAUCCGUGAAUAUGCCAAACUCUCAACCCUGGACAAGUUCUAUUUUGGAUUUCCUGGAGAGAUACUAAUGCGAAUGCUAAAAUUAAUCAUCUUGCCUCUUAUCAUAUCUAGCAUGAUUACAGGAGUGGCUGCAUUAGACUCAUCAGUUUCUGGCAAAAUCGGGUUACGUGCUGUUGUCUAUUACUUCUCAACAACAAUCAUCGCUGUUAUCCUCGGAAUUGUGUUAGUGAUGACCAUCAAACCUGGCAUGUCUCAAAGUGCAGAUGACAUUGACAGAACUGGCUCGACUCCAGAGGUCAACACAGUGGAUGCCCUGUUGGACCUAAUCAGGAACAUGUUUCCAGAAAAUCUCGUUCAGGCUUGUUUUCAACAGUACAAAACAAUGCGUGAAGAAUUAAAAUCUGAACCUGCAGUAAAUUCUACUACCAUGUCACCUGUGACGGUUGUCAUGACAACUGCUUUACAAGAGAAUAUAACCAAGAACUAUAAAAUAGUGGGCCUGUAUUCAGAUGGAAUAAACGUGCUUGGACUCAUCGUUUUCUGUCUCUUCUUUGGGAUUGUUAUCGGUCAAAUGGGAGAGAAAGGGCGUGUUCUGGUGGACUUUUUUGAUGCAAUAAACGAGGCCACCAUGAAAAUAGUGCAGUUCAUCAUGUGUUACAUGCCGAUUGGAAUGUUCUUCCUAAUUGCUGCCAAGAUAAUUGAAGUUGAAGACUGGGAUAUCUUCCGGAAGCUAGGGAUGUACAUGGUGACUGUGUUGACCGGGCUCGCAAUUCAUGCCAUUGUUUGCCUUCCACUGUUAUAUUUCAUAAUUGUGAGGAAAAAUCCAUUAACGUUUGCCAUGGGGAUGGCUCAAGCACUACUGACAGCUCUCAUGAUCUCCUCCAGUUCAGCAACUUUGCCUGUGACUUUCCGAUGUGUGGAAGAAAACAACAGGGUGGACAAGAGGAUCGCACGCUUUGUAUUACCGGUGGGGGCCACAAUCAACAUGGAUGGAACUGCGCUCUAUGAAGCAGUGGCUGCCAUAUUUAUUGCACAACUUAAUAAUUAUGCACUGGAUAUUGGCCAGGUUGUAACUAUCAGUAUAACAGCAACAGCAGCUAGCAUUGGAGCAGCAGGAGUCCCCCAGGCUGGUUUGGUCACCAUGGUGAUUGUCUUGUCUGCAGUGGGAUUACCAGCUAAUGAUGUCACACUAAUCAUGGCAGUGGAUUGGCUGCUGGAUCGAUUUCGGACCAUGAUAAAUGUGCUGGGCGAUGCAUAUGGAGCAGGCAUCGUGGAGAAACUCUCCAAGAAGGAGCUGGAAAAGACGGACCUGUCAUCUGGUGUGGAUGUUGUUAACCCUUUUGCUCUGGAACCAGCCCUAAAGGAUGAGGAGGAACAUGAGAAAAGAUCCUAUAUAAACGGGGGCUUUAUGGUGGAUAAAGCUGACGCUAUUUCAUUCACAGAGACAUCUCAGUUUUAGUGAAACAAAAGUCUAAGUG